UUUUUUCCCUCCUCAUCUUUCUUUCGACUCUCGUCUCUUUGACUUCACCUACUCGGCUCACCACAAACAUCAAUCCCGGCUAUCCUUCCGAAUCCGGGUUCGCUAUCACAAAAACAACAGACCUUCACUACCUACCACAUCCCUAUCGUCGGGCAUCAUUGGUUUUGAUUCUGUAGUAGAAUCGAAAUCCGUGUCAAGCGUCGUUAUUCCGUCUCGCAAGGCUCGUGAUACUCCUUGCGGUAUUCUCGGGUUAUCUCCCUUGCCAAGGUCGACUCUGGGGCGUUAUCGGCUGGGGAUCGACUUCCCGGAUUAGCCUGAACCCCUGUCGCGAUCAGCGCAACUUGGCCUCGGCUUUUUCUAUUCCUUCGGAUCGUGUUAAUAUAUUAACACUGGUUCCCAGUCAUCUUUGCUCUCUUCGGCGUUGAACUAGGUCAAGCGUCACAUGCCGCCACCAGCUUCCUCUAUGGGUUUUUCUGAUCUACUGAACCCUCAGAACCCAGAGUCAACUCCUUCGACACCUGCGCACAAGUCAUCGGCUCCCUCCACCCCAUCAACUGGACAGUCGAACUCAAACAUGGCCUCCUCCGUAAGCCUGCUGCCUCCGCUGAUGAAGGGAGCGCGUCCGGCGAACGAAGAGCCCCGUCAGGAUCUUCCUCGACCUUACAAAUGUCCUCUGUGCGACCGCGCAUUCCAUCGUCUGGAGCAUCAGACCAGACACAUUCGCACACACACCGGCGAGAAGCCGCACGCCUGCCAGUUCCCUGGUUGCACAAAGCGCUUCAGUCGAUCUGAUGAACUCACGCGCCACUCGAGAAUCCAUAACAAUCCAAACUCGAGACGCAACAACAAGGCUCAGCACCUGGCCGCUGCCGCCGCCGCUGCCGCAGCAAAUCAAGACAACGCUGCGUCAAUGAUGCCACCUCCCAGCAAGCCCAUCACACGAUCUGCGCCUGUCUCGCAGGUUGGCUCUCCUGAUAUCUCUCCUCCUCAUUCGUUUUCCAAUUAUGCGGGCCACAUGAGAUCGAAUCUGGGACAUUACGCUCGCAACAGCGAGCGUGCAUCUUCGGGCAUGGACAUCAAUCUGCUGGCUACGGCCGCUUCUCAGGUCGAGCGUGAUGAACACUAUGGAUUCCACAAUGGCCCGCGCGGGCAUCAUAUCUUCGGCUCGCGUCAUCACAACAGCAACCGCCUCCCGUCGCUCUCGGCGUACGCUAUCUCGCAAAAUAUGUCGCGCUCACACUCGCACGACGAGGAUGAUAUGUACUCGCAUCGCGUCAAGCGUUCGAGACCCAACUCUCCCAACUCCACAGCUCCCUCUUCACCUACAUUCUCCCAUGACUCUCUUUCUCCUACCCCCGACCACACUCCGCUGGCGACGCCUGCUCAUUCUCCGCGGUUAAGGCCCCUCGGUACCAGCGAGUUACAACUCCCUUCAAUUCGUCACUUGUCACUUCAUCAUACACCCGCCUUGGCUCCAAUGGAACCGCAACCCGAGGGACCCAACUACUACAGUCCUACUCAGCCCCAUGUUGGUCCUAGCAUCAGUGACAUCAUGUCGAAGCCUGACGGGACGCAGCGCAAACUCCCCGUUCCCCAGGUACCCAAGGUGGCCGUCCAGGACCUGUUGAGUCCUGGCUUCACAUCAGUGUCGUCCUCGACCAGUAAUUCCGUCGCCGGCGGUGACUUGGCGGACCGUUUCUAGUCAAGCUGAGUUUACAUGAUAUCUCAUGUGUACAAAAAAGCGGGUUUUCACUCAUUCCAAAUUUUCAUGUGCGUCACGAAAUGAAUAGACUUGUGCAUUUACAGGGUGGUUUCUGGGCAUGACAGGUGUCGGCUGGACGGUGUUUCUUCUCUACUUUUCCUCAUUUCUUGAAUUUUCUUGCAGGGGCAUCACUACUCUAUAGACUGGCGGAUUUCGUGGCUCUUAAUCUUUUUUCUUCACUCCCCUUUUGCUUCUAUCAACCAUAUCUGUCUGAAACUGGCUUUUCAGCCGUUAUUCACUAUGUUUCCUCUCCA